AUGACUAUGUCCUCACAGACCCCCGAUAUCUUGGGCGACCGUCAGUACGGUCAGGACGUUCGCACCCAAAAUGUGAUGGCCUGUCAAGCUGUUGCAAACAUUGUCAAAUCCUCACUUGGCCCCGUUGGCCUCGACAAGAUGCUUGUGGAUGAUAUUGGUGAUGUGACUAUUACUAAUGAUGGAGCUACAAUACUCAAGAUGCUAGAAGUUGAGCACCCUGCUGCCAAGGUGCUUGUGGAGCUGGCUGAGCUUCAGGAUCGAGAAGUUGGAGAUGGGACGACAUCAGUGGUCAUUGUAGCUGCAGAGUUGCUUAAGAGAGCAAAUGAUCUAGUAAGGAACAAAAUUCACCCAACAUCCAUAAUCAGUGGUUACAGACUCGCUAUGAGGGAAGCUUGCAAGUAUGUUGAGGAAAAAUUAGCUGUGAAGGUUGACAAGCUUGGAAAAGAUUCUCUAGUAAAUUGUGCAAAGACAAGCAUGUCCUCAAAGUUGAUAGGUGGUGACAGUGACUUCUUUGCGAAUAUGGUUGUAGAUGCAGUACAAGCAGUAAAGAUGACCAAUGCUCGAGGGGAGGUCAAGUACCCAAUCAAGGGGAUUAAUAUUUUGAAAGCUCAUGGGAAAAGUGCUAGAGAUAGCUAUCUCUUGACUGGUUAUGCGCUAAAUACAGGCCGUGCUGCACAAGGAAUGCCACUUAGAGUUGCCCCUGCGAGGAUUGCCUGUCUUGACUUUAAUCUUCAGAAGACAAAAAUGCAAAUGGGUGUCCAAGUUUUAGUUAGUGAUCCCAGGGAGCUUGAAAAAAUUCGCCAAAGAGAAGCUGAUAUGACGAAAGAGCGUGUUGAAAAACUCCUGAAAGCUGGAGCAAAUGUUAUUCUGACUACAAAAGGGAUUGACGACAUGGCACUCAAGUAUUUUGUGGAGGCUGGUGCUAUUGCUGUAAGACGUGUUCAGAAAGAAGAUAUGCGCCAUGUUGCUAAAGCUACCAGUGCAACAAUGGUUUCAACUUUUGCUGAUAUGGAAGGGGAGGAAACAUUUGAUUCUUCACUGCUCGGAUCCGCUGAUGAAGUUGUGGAGGAGCGCGUUUCUGAUGAUGAUGUAAUUUUGAUAAAAGGAACAAAAAAUAAUAGUGCGGUUUCUUUGAUCCUCAGAGGUGCAAAUGAUUAUAUGCUUGAUGAGAUGGAAAGAGCUCUUCAUGAUGCUUUGUCUAUUGUCAAGAGAACCCUAGAGUCAAACUCGGUGGUAGCAGGUGGAGGUGCAGUUGAGUCUGCAUUGUCUGUGUAUUUGGAGUGUUUUGCUACAACAUUAGGAUCGCGUGAGCAGUUGGCAAUUGCCGAGUUUGCUGAAUCUUUGUUAAUUAUACCGAAGGUGCUAGCUGUCAAUGCUGCCAAGGAUUCUACAGACUUAGUUGCAAAACUACGGGCCAAUCACCACAUUGCACAAACCAAGGCACCAACCAGGGCACAGACCAAGGCUGAUCAGAAGGAUUAUUCUAGCAUGGGGUUAGACCUUUUAAAGGGAGAAGUCCGCGACAACUUAAAAGCCGGAGUCAUUGAGCCUGCAAUGAGUAAAGUGAAGAUAAUUCAGUUUGCAACUGAAGCAGCUAUUACAAUUCUCCGAAUUGAUGACAUGAUCAGGCUAGUCAAAGAUGAAAGUCAAAAUGAGGAUUAA